AUGCCUCAUAAUUACAUGUUUCAAGUUCAGUCUGAUGUUGUUGCAAACCCCCCUCCCGCUCCUGCUCCCAAUUCAGACACCCUCGACGCCGCUGCCUUGCUUUUUGCAGGCUCGGUGUUCAACAGCCAGACACAUAACCUCACUUCUUCCCCGCCAACACUUCAACUACUCGGCCAAAACCUCCUCUCCAUGUCCAGAAUUGCUAAACGGAAGUUGGAAGAAGAAGACCCACGCGAGCCUGUUUCCCCAGCCCUUCGAAAAAUUUUGAAAGACCUCGAGAACAAAAUGGAUGAUGGAUUUAAAAAAGUGGACGAUGGCUUGAAGAAACUGGACCGGCGGUCAAAACGAAGGUUCGGAAGGAUUGAGAAAAGGCUCGAUAAGAUCGAGGGUAUCCUGAACGACCAGAUUGAACACGUCAAGGACCAUCCGUACAACAACCUCACCCGCCUGGAGCCCUCUCCCGCGCCUGGUGGUUCCAGCGACGCUUCAACUCCUUCUUCGUCUCUCUCGUCGGCCAUGGGCUCUGAUCCUUAA